AUGGUGACGUCCGUUAACCUUGACCUCAUGGAGGACGAUCAACUUGAACCCUCCAAGCGGCGCCGUCGCAGCCGUCGCGCCCCUUCAGAUCGCAAGUUCGAAUGCACUCAUGAAGGUUGCGGCAAGAGUUACUCCCGCGCCGAACAUCUGUAUCGGCAUCAGCUCAACCAUUACCCUUUCAUGACCGAGCCACCCACCACAAAUUCCAAAUCCCCACCAACAUCUACCUCCUACCCGCUCUCCACUGGCAUCGAUACGGCCGGCAUCCCGGUCUCGGAUUACACAGAUUUCGCCGGUGUCAUCAACCAGUCAGACACGAUGCUCGAGUUCGAGUCCAUGUCAAACUCAUACCCGAUCUUCGGCGGCGAGACAUACAACCGCUCGCCUUUCGCCAUGGCAGAUGAUUUCGCAGCGUGGCUAUUCAGUGAACCAAUGGCCCCAUUAGGCUACGGCAUGAUGCCCUUCGUUCAAAACCAGCACCAAAACCAAUUCUACAUCAACGAACCCAACUACAAUAAUUUCUGCACCGUCAUUCCACAGCACCCGAUGAGCGUGACCUCCAUCUUAGACUCCAACUCCUUACCCGCUAUCAUCUCCGAAGAAAAGCGUCAGGAACUACUCCACCUCAUGGCAACCCGCUUCAACGAAGCCGCCUACUCCGCCGACACAAAGCGCAAAGACGCCCUAAUGGACGGCGAUCUCAACAGCGACCGCCACGUCCUCAGCCUCCGAAUGAUGCAAGCCUACAUCGGCUCAUACUGGUACCAUUUCCACGCCCAAAUGCCAAUCCUGCACCAACCGACCUUCGCUGCAGACCGCACUCCAAACCUCCUCUUACUAGUCAUCAUGGCCAUCGGCGCCGCAUCUCUAGACAAAAACCACGGCCAAGCCACGACCGAAACGGCCGCCGAACUGGCCAGUUUCAUCGCGUGGCAUUUACGCUGGGAAAUCUUCAUGGACGCGGAUUUCCGCCCGCCAGCGCGACUGUGGGUCUUCCAGGCCCUUCUUUUACUGGAAGUUUUUGAAAAGACGUUUUCUACGCGCGCCCUUCAUGAACGCGCGCAUAUUCAUCACGAUACGACGCUUACGCUUAUGCGGCGGGGUAGUUCGCUGAUUGGGCGGGCCUCGUUUGAUUCGCCGGAUACGAAGGAGGAGGAUGAGUCUUGGGCUCAUUGGAUUAAAGCGGAGGCUACGCGGCGUGUGGCUUUUGCUGCGUUCGUGCUCGACUCUACCCAUGCGACUAUGUUCGGGCACUCGGCUAAAAUGGUUGCGCAUGAGUUGAGGCUUCCGCUUCCGUGUGACGAGGCGCUCUGGGCGGCAACUAGUGCUGCGGAAGUCGCGAGGGUUCAGUCGAGCUUACAGUCUCACGGCGUCAGGCCGGUUAUGUUUCUUGACGGUCUGAAGAGGACGUUGAAUGGGCAGGCUGUGCGGACGAACUCGUUCGGGAGGAUUAUUCUUAUGGCUGGGCUUUUGAGCGUGAGCUGGCAUUUGAAUCAGAGGGAUUUGCAGGUUAGUUCGCUGGGCGUUGGGCAGACGCUUGGUGGUCGGGAUAAAUGGCGGACGUCCCUUCUUCGAGCCUUUGAUAAUUGGCGUCGGGAUUUUGACGAGGCGCUUGGUCCGGCGACGUCGACUGAGUCUGAGACGAGGGAUGUAUUGCAUGGGUUGGCGCAUAUGGCUUCGCAUGUGGAUAUUGUUGAUCUUCAGAUCUUUGCUGGCGCGGGUCGAUUGAUGGGGAGAUCUAUUACGGCGCGCGAUUAUAGCACUGCGCGUGAGAAGACGGAGCGUUGGGCUACCAAGGCUUCGGCUCGUGAUGCCACUUUCUACGCGUUGAAGUUCUUGCAUGCUUGUUUUUCGUCGAAUCCGGAUCCUGCGCUGCGGUCUGGGGAAUAUGUUGCCCGCGAUGAUUAUUUACUUAAUCGGCCUUGGGUGAUGUAUUUUGCUGCGCUGGUGGUGUGGACGUAUGGGUUUGCGUUGGACGGGCCGUUACGUCCACCGCCGGUGCUGGUCACUCCUGGUGAUUGUCGGGCUGAUAUGCAGACUUUCUUGGCGAGGGUUGGUGCUGUUCGCGAACCGAAUGAUCUUGAGGGGAUGGAAGGGAGGAAUCGGUUUGUUGACGCAUUGCCCCUUCGGCCGACUUCCCCGCCCCCAACCAACUUUACCAAACUUCAUCCCUGGAUUGGUCCCUUCGCCCUUGAUCCCCUCACUCACAACACACUGUUCUGCAUUCAACUCUCCUCCUCACCACACCACACAUACACAAACACAAUGGCUAACAGAAACGAGGCCUCCACAAACUACAAAGAGGCUUUCUCCCUCUUCGACCGCCGCGGAACCGGCCAAGUCGCCAAGGACCUGCUCGGCGACCUCCUGCGCGCCUGCGGCCAGAAUCCCACCAAGGCUGAGAUUGGCGAUUUGGAAGAGUCUAUCGGAGGUGACUUCGACUUUGACUCCUUCCUAAAGGUCCUCAACCGCCCCGGCGGCUUCCGUGACCCCGGCGAGCCUGAGGAAUACUGCGAGGGUUUCAAGGUGUUUGACAAGGAGUUGACCGGCGAAAUUGGCCAGGGACAGUUGAAAUACAUCCUGACAAACCUCGGCGAACCCCUCACCGAAGCCGAAUUCGAGGAACUGGCCAAGGCCACGAAUAUGGGCGAGAAGGUCCAGUAUGAGGAUCUCGUCAAGACCAUUCUGGCCAACUAG